GAAGCUGCAGCGGAAGAGGCGGCGAUGCGGAGGCAGCAGCAGGAGGAGGGGCGACAGAGGCGUCUCGAGGCCUUGAUGCAGGAGCCACAGAUGGGAAGAACCGAGGUUCUUAGCAUGGCUUGGCAUGAGUUGUUGGAUGCAUCUAUUUGUAUCGCCAACAAAAACUGCGGGAUGGAGGAGCGAUCUGAGCGGCGGAGACGCGUGGAGCAGCGGGAAAAGGAGCUGCAGGAGCAAGAGAUGGAGCAG